ACAUUAGGGAGCGUCUUAAAAUAGGAGGCCAGAGGAGUGGAGCCGCACUCAGCUGGACCACUCGGACAGGCGCUGGCCAGAGACACAGACACAUUCACGCUCAGCUCUCUCUUCAAGCAGGAUGUCCAUCGUUAAGAUUCACGCUCGUGAAAUCCUCGACUCCAGAGGAAACCCUACCGUGGAGGUCGACCUGUACACAGACAAAGGUCGUUUCAGGGCUGCAGUACCCAGCGGUGCCUCCACAGGUGUUCAUGAAGCUCUGGAGCUGAGAGAUGGGGAUAAAACCCGCUACCUGGGCAAAGGUGUAACCAAAGCUGUUGAUCACGUGAACAAGGACAUCGUCCCAAAACUGCUGGAGAAAAAGCUGAGUGUUGUUGACCAGGAAAAGAUUGAUCAUCUCAUGUUGGAGCUUGAUGGCACCGAAAACAAAUCUAAGUUUGGGGCUAAUGCUAUCCUGGGUGUGUCUCUGGCGGUGUGUAAGGCUGGAGCUGCCGAGAAGGGUGUUCCUCUCUUCCGCCACAUUGCUGACCUCGCCGGACACAAAGAUGUCAUCCUGCCCGUGCCUGCGUUUAACGUUAUAAACGGCGGUUCUCAUGCAGGGAAUAAGCUGGCCAUGCAGGAGUUCAUGAUCCUGCCUGUGGGGGCGUCCAACUUCCGCGAGGCAAUGCGGAUCGGGGCUGAGGUUUACCACAACCUGAAGGGGGUCAUCAAGGGCAAAUAUGGCAAAGACGCCACCAACGUCGGGGACGAGGGCGGCUUCGCCCCCAACAUCCUGGAGAACAAUGAGGCUCUGGAGCUGCUGAAGUCCGCCAUAGAGAAAGCCGGCUAUGCUGAUAAAAUCAUCAUCGGGAUGGAUGUGGCUGCCUCUGAAUUCUUUAGAAAUGGAAAAUAUGACCUGGACUUCAAAUCCCCCGAUGAUCCCAAACGCCACAUCACUGGAGGACAGCUCGGAGACCUUUAUAAGAGCUUCAUCAAGAACUAUCCAGUCCAGUCUAUUGAGGAUCCCUUUGACCAGGACGACUGGGAAAACUGGACGAAAUUCACCGGCUCUGUGGACAUUCAGAUCGUCGGGGAUGACCUUACGGUGACCAACCCCAAACGCAUCCAGCAAGCCGUGGACAAGAAGGCCUGCAACUGCCUCUUGCUCAAAGUCAACCAGAUUGGCAGCGUCACUGAGUCCAUUCAGGCGUGUAAGCUAGCCCAGAAGAAUGGAUGGGGUGUGAUGGUCAGUCAUCGCUCUGGAGAGACGGAGGAUACUUUUAUCGCUGACUUGGUGGUCGGCCUCUGCACAGGACAGAUUAAGACCGGCGCCCCCUGUAGGUCAGAGCGUUUGGCCAAAUAUAACCAGCUGAUGAGAAUUGAAGAGCAGUUGGGAGAUAAAGCCAGGUUCGCUGGCAAAGACUUCCGUCACCCAAAAGUGAAAUAAACUCUGAGGAGCUGAGUCUAAUUCUUCACCUAAAAUACUCACUGUAAACGGUCAUUUUCAUAAACAUUUUUUUUUACUGAGGCUUCAUUUGAUUUAGAGUCCUGCAGUCAGAUAGAUCGAGUCAAUUGUGGGUUUUAAACAUUUCUGUUGGAAAAAAACAAAAAUAAAUAAGUUUUCUGUUCUACCUCU